UUAUUCCCUAUCCUUCACGUCUUACUGUGUUUGUUAGUCCUCUACAACCAUCUCGCUACGAUUCCUACUUCUCAUAAUACCCAUAUUGCGAGCAAUGUCGGAUGCAGUGAACAUGCAGGCUGAUAUAGCGAAUGUUUCCCUUGCUAGCUUGGGAGGGUUCUCGACAAUCUUAACGGCACUUUCCGCUGAUGAUGUCCAACCUAUCGCAAUGGUCCAGUUGCAAAAUUUAGGCGCUGCAUUUCCUGUAACUGGGCCAGUGAGCGUAAAAGCUCCAGAUUAUCUUCGGCGUUGCAAUAGCUCUCGGCUAGAACGGCUUGGGAUACUUGUGGGCUGGCGGAAAGGCGAUACCGCAUCGCUCAUGGCUCAAUCAGCCGGUGGACAAGCAAUCGCUUUAUUGGCAGCUUGCCUGUGCAAUAUAUGCACAGAUUCCGUUGGGGAUGUCUUCUACGCAGUCUCCAAGGGGUUGUUGCCACGAUCAGCCUGUCCAUGUAGCCCCCGCGUAUUAGACCGAGCUGCACAUGUUCUUGCACACAAGCUUGCGCUCAUUAAAUUUGGAACGAUUAUCGCAAAGCAAGUGUGUCGCAUCCAUGAAGCUUAUCAACAGCUACAGCGAAAAGUGCCGAUGAAUAUUUUGGAAGAGCUUAGCGUUGUUUGGAUAGCAGAGAUGCUUGUGAAUGUUUCACGUGCCUUACGAGAAUGCGACAAAGUGGUUCGCGUACGUGGAUGUUGCGGCAUGGGGUACAUAUUGGCCCUUAUCGUCACCUUGUUUGCAGAUGAUAGUGUCGUGAUGAUUGAGGGCGUCGUUAUUCAUCGCGGCAGCCAUUCUUCCUCCAUUGUCGUGGAAAUCAUGGCACAUCUUGAAAACCAUCCCCUUCAGCUGCAUCUUAUGCAAAACGUCGACACACUUGCGGAGAUUUUCCACUCUUCCCGAGAUGAGGACCAUAGAAUACAAACCCAACCAUUACCAAUAGGCGCGGACUUUGCAUGGAAGGGGCUCAUCUCGGCACUGCUGCAGACUAUUUUACAGCGAUGGAACUUAGUAUGCUCAUCGGAAUUGAUCAGAGCUGUGGGUGUGUGUGCUUUAUCCGCUGCAGACAUUACUUAUUUCGGCGAGAAUGACUCCAUACGAUUUCCUGCUAUAAGUAUUUUGGGCAAGCAGUAUCACGCAAUCUGUCAUCAGCGCUGCGAAGCUGUUCUAGGGACCCCAUUACCACACACGUGGCCUUCAUAUCCCAUAGCUUUCAAGCAGCUCGAGGAUAUAAUAAUCCCACUGAUCCUAACAAGACCCGACGGCUCAUUCCAUGAACUAGAGUGGACCAGGGAUUGCAUCCGUAGGGGCGAAGUAGGCUUUACCGGCCAAAUCAUGGAUUGUAUAUGGUUGGCCUUCGCUACGCUUUUUGUUAAUGCGCACGAGGAUGCUACUUGGCGACAUUUUGACUUUGGCGACGAUGAGGGGAUCAGUACUCGUCCUGAGUGCUGGGGAAAUCCGGAAAAACUCUUCUUCAUGUGCAAGCCGAAUUUGGUAUGGAAACAAUUGACCCCCAACUGGGGACGAAGAACAGUGGCCGCCUCCGAUAGGAAAUGUACAUUGGUUCCCUCACAAUGUUUCACCAUCGGACAUGAGGAUGUCCACUACUACCGUGGCGUGGAACUCCUAGAUGGGCCCCUCAUAUAUAAUGAGAGAUACCAUGACACGCUUAUGAAUGUCGACUUAUCUUCAGAGCCAAAGCAACAGGAGUCUCUUAGACGACCUUCAGAGCCCUCGAAUCCAAUCCUGCCUUCCGCGUAUGGUGUUCACUCUGAUCUUUCAAUGGGAAUAACGGAGAGUAUCGACGGACUGAUACUUCAUCCCACAGUCACUAUAUCUGGUCAGCGGUUCACUGCGUGUUUAGCAUCUUGCCUGAAAGGCUCAUUCCAGCUCGCCAAAACUACUUCCUGUGAACAUCCCCGGAAAACUCCCUUGAAGGAGAAAUAUGUCCAGUUAGUGUCAACAACCUCAGUUCGCAGGCCUGAUAUUGGUCACACAGUCUCUAUUGUCCAGACUGCCGGAAACCCUACCGCGCAGUUUCUGGCAUUAUCUGGAAGACCGUCAAUUCUAUGCAGCAACUGCUGCCUCAACUGUGCAUAUGAGCAAGCGCUCUCUCGGAAGCUUAUGAAAAUCAUUGUUGCAUGAGUGCAGGGUUCCCUGAUAGGCUAUAAAGCAGAAUGGCGUUGGAAGGGUUAAGGACCCAUGGAUCUUAGAGAUGGAUAUAUUGAGUUGCAUAUAAAUCUUUCAAGGACACCGUACACCGUUUGGGUGAAACUGGAUCAGAAACGGAGGAGAGAGAUAUAUUCGAUAUGGCGGAUGACCUCAAGCCAUAUGCGCAUCGCGCCUUUACUUCGAAGGACAUGGUCACUCCAAGUUCACUACGCCUUGAUGCAUGAUACUGUCGAAAGACUAUGAUGAUAGACGAUUGAUGAUUAAGCUUGUAUGCAGAGCAGUGUAAUAUUUCAAGGUGCCUACAGGCGUGAUACAAAUCGAUAUCUCCUUACUUUCUAGCCACCAUGAACGAC